GCACUGCGCAAGGAGUAUUUCACUGCUGCCGACCGAAUCAUAAGCGAAACAAGGCAGCGCUUUCAGCAGCCUGGCAUGGAGCAGCUCGUAAAACUAGAAGACAUCUUAAUCAGUGCCGCUGGGGGACUUCAGUUUACAGCAGAUAAACUAGAGACGGCUUUGGGAGUGCAUGCAGUCGAUUUUGACCUGUGCAGACUCUCGGCGCAGUUUCUUCUCUUACCAACUCUUGUACGCAACGCUGGUUCUAUCACAACCCUGAACAUUUUGGAGGUCCUCCAAAAGGGAUCGGAAAACAUUCGCCUGUUACUGGAUCAGGUCGUGAGGUAUGUCCAGCUUCUGUUAUCCGUACCUGCAUCUGCCGCUUCCGGAGAGCGCUCUUUUAGUGGUCUGCGUCGUGUAAAAACGUACUUGCGCAACCGAAUGACUCAGAGGAGGUUAUCGCACCUUCUGAUCUUGCAUAUGCACAAGGAAAGGACGUCGGCCCUGAAUUUAGAGGACGUCAUCAGGGAAUUUGUGAGCAGAACAGCAGAGCGAGCAGCAACCUUUGGUCCCACAUAA